AUACCUAGCACACCACGUGGACUUUGCAACGAGCAGAAACCAAUAUAAGGAAAACACUACCUAGGCGCCUACAGAUCACAAGUUAAUCGUGAGGAGUAACUUUGCCGGCAAAAUGAAGCUCAGAGUUCGAUCCCUCGAUGGAGGCGACACCCUCAGAAUAGACCUCCCUUCUAACGGCACGAGUUUGCAGUCUCUGAAAGAAGCUGUUGCACACAAGAUAAAUUCUUCUCCGACAGAAGUAAAUCUGUCCCUUAACAAAAAAGAUUAUCUGCAAGGACCCCCAGAAGAGUCCCUUCAAUCUUUGGGUAUUAUAGCCGGAGAUUUGGUGUUUUAUACGCUUAACCCGAAUGAUUUUCAGAACCUCAUCAGCCCAGUUGCAGCAGAAAAUCUAGAAAGCAGCAAAAGGCCCAGAGAAAAAGAAGUCAAUACGAACCCUAAAAAUCCCAGAAACCCUCAGAGCCCAAAUGAUAAAAACCUAACCCUAAGAGAAUUGUGCGCUUCUGCAGCCAUGAAAAGGGCUUCGAAAGACUCAGCCACGGAUAACCAGAAUCCAGCAGAAAUUGCCGUAGGCACACCAAAGGAACAGGAAAGCGGCGAAUCCAUGGAGGUGGACGAUCAAAUAUUGGAAAAAUCGAGGUCCAUACCGUAUUUUCUGGAGAGGGUUUUGUCUGGAGAGAAAGAAAAUGAAGGGUGCGGACAUGGAUUGUUGACAAUUGCCGUGCAUGCGGUGAUGCUAGAAUCAGGGUUUGUAGGGUUUAAUACGCAAAGCUCGGAAGCUUCUUUAGGAACUCGGCUUCCUCAUGGCUGGGCGAAAAAACCACUUGUGAGUCUUUGCUACACACUUCCUGAACUUAUUGUUGAUAACAGCCAUGAAAAAUACGUGGAAAAUGUUCAGCUUAGGUUUUCGGUGAUGGGUAAUUUUUUAGUUGUUUAUGGUGCGUUGGCUAGUGCAAAGGGUUCACAUUUUUAUAGGAUUAGUCUUGAGGUGGGGAAGUUUUUGCCUUCCAUUGAACGUGCCAGUAGUUUAAUAGGAAAGUCAAAUAUUGUCUCUGAAAUUGUUGGAGAGACCCUGGACAGAAAAUCUGAAAUUGGGAAGGCUCAAGAUUCUCUUCAGGAAGAGAGGUUUUUGUUUGAAUUUUGGAAGGUUGUAAAGGAUGCGCUUUCCAUGCCUUUGCUCAGUGCUUUGUGUGAGAAAGCUGGCUUGCCACUCCCUCCAUCGCUCAUCUUGUUGCCUACAGAGGUGAAAAUGUUGAUUUUGGAAAAGCUACCUGCCGUGUAUGUUGCUAGGCUGGGUUGUGUGUGCACGGAGUUUCGGUUUCUGGCUUUAAAUGAUGGACUGUGGAAGCAGAAGUAUCUAGAUGAAUUUGGAUCUUCUGGAACACAAGGCGUGCAAAGGUUUAAGGAUGCUUUUGUUAAAAAAUGGAUAGAGAGGAAGAGCAAAAAUCAAAGGAGGGCUGGGCCUUUAAGGUAUCCUUCUCGCCCAUUGCUUAUGAGAUUGCCAUAUCCUUAUGGAGCUCCAGGAUAUGGGAUCCGUGGAGGAGACUUUGAUAGGUUUCCUGCUAUAGGUGGGGGAAGCUUGUUUGGAGUAGAUGGCAUUGGAGGCAGGGUUGGGCUGGGUGGUGGAAGCCUUAUAGGAGGAUUACCAUCAAGGAGGCUCACGACGCCGUACUGUGACCUAAAUGGAUUCGUUGAUGAUAUUGAUGGACAUGUCGAUCCGCAUUUUCAGCCUGGGAGAGACUAACCUUUGAAUCGCAUCAAAGGUUAGGAGUAUAACAAACACUGGAUCGUGUGAUUUUAGGUUUGCAGCUUGGGAGAGUACAGCCUUUGAAUUGCAUCAAAUGUAAGGGUAUGAUAAUCACCGGAUUAUGUGAUUUUAGAUUUGCAGCUUGAGAGAGUAUAGCCUUGAAUUGCAUUAAAGGUUUGGAGUAUGAUAAACACUCGGUUAUGUGAUUUUAGUUUUUUUGUUGAAUAACUUUUAAACUUGUAACCUCACUACUCUAAAUUCCAAAUAAUAUUCAUCAAGGUCUUAUGACA